UCCAGUUCAUGUCCUGCCCAUCAACAUCUUGUUUGUGUCCCUCUGGCCAUCCGCCUAUCUCACGUGGCUGCAAUAAGUCAAUUUGUUGACAGUCAUGGCUUUUACUGCUUUACUGCUCCUGGCCCUCUCCUCCUCAGUCCCCCUCACAGCGGCGGUGCUAUUUAACGAGCCUAGAAUUUUUGGAGAUGACGCUACUGGAUAUGGCCCCAUCUUUGAGGAGGAGCCGGUGGAUGUUGUCUACACUGAAGACUCACCAGAUGGGAGAAUCUCCAUGAACUGCAGGGCACGAGCAAACCCCCCUGCUACAUACAGGUGGCGCCGUGAUAACUGGGAAAUUAAGCUGAUGGAGCAGCCAGACGAGCACUAUAGCCUUGUGGGGGGGAACCUGGUUAUCAACAACCCCAGACAGAAGAAACACUCUGGGACGUACAUCUGCGUGGCCAGGAACAUCUAUGGCACCGUCAUCAGCAAGGAGGCCAGGGUCAAGUUUGGAUUUGUGGAGGAGUUUCCCCAAGAGGAUAGAGACCCAGUGUAUGUCAAAGAAGGACAGGGGGCCGUUCUGCUGUGUGCCCCUCCAAAAGCAUGGCCGCAGGAGGUGACCUAUCGCUGGAUCUUCAACGAGUUCCCAGUUUUCCUGUACACAGAUCGCCGCCGGUUUGUCUCCCAGAGGACGGGGAACCUGUACAUCUCCAAAGUGGAAGCUCAGGAUGCAGGAAACUACUCCUGCUUCGUUUCCAGCCCUGUCACUGGGAAGAGUGUCUUCUCCAAGUUCAUCCCCCUCAUCCCCUUACCACCUGAUGAUGGUGAGGAGAGAAAAUACCCAGCAGACAUCAGGGUGAAGUUCCCAGAUACUACUGCCAUGCUGGCUUCUAAUAUUACAUUAGAGUGCUUUGCUCUGGGAAACCCUAUCCCUCAUAUUGUUUGGAGGAAGACGGACGCCACAGACCUCCCGCCAAAUCAUGAGAUCAGUGAAUCAGGAGCUGUGCUUCAUCUGUACAACGUACAGUACGAAGAUGUGGGGGCAUAUGAUUGUGAAGCCAUCAACACCAAAGGAAAGGACUGGCACAAGGCCUGGCUGUAUGUGGAGUCUGCUCCAGAGUGGGCAGAAACCAUCAACAACACUCAGAUCGAUAUCGGCUCAGAGCACACCAUGCGCUGUGUGGCAUCAGGGAAGCCCUUCCCUUUCAUCCGCUGGUACAAAGAUGGAUAUAUGUAUGGGAAGGGGGAAUUGAAGUUUUCCAGUCUCACUUUUGAUGACUCAGGAAUGUACCAGUGUAUCGCUGAGAACUUCUGGGGCAUCAAAUACGCCAACGCUGAGCUGCGAGUCAUUGCCUGUGCUCCUACAUUUGAGUUUAACCCCGUGAGGAAGCAGCUUCUUGGGGCUAAAGAUGCCCGUGUGGUGAUCGAGUGUAAACCCCGAGCUGCUCCGAGACCAAAGUUCACCUGGACAAAGGGCAAAGAGCUCCUCUUCAACAAUUCGCGCAUUUCCAUCAUGUUUGAUGGGAGUCUUGAGAUCCUCAACGCCACCAACAACGAUGAGGGUGUGUACAACUGCGUCGCUGAGAAUGACAGAGGAAAGGCCAACAGCUCAGGCUAUCUCACCAUCACAGAGGCUACCAGCAUCACAGAACCACCUGAAGACACCGAGGUAAUGGUUGGUGAUGAGAUCAUUCUGAGGUGCGCUGCUUCAUACGACCCCAUGCUGGACAUCGCAUUCAUCUGGUCCAUAGACUUCAGGGUCAUCGACUUUGACUCCGAGUGGCAACACUACGAACGUGUUAUGAGUGAAGAUGGCAGCGGGGAUCUGAGAAUAAAGAAUGUCCAGAUCUGGCACGAGGGUCGCUACACCUGCGUGGCUCAGACAGUGGUGGACAGCGAUACUGCAUACGCUGACCUCAAGGUUGUAGGUGUUCCUGGGCCUCCUGGUGUGAUCCGGGUGGAAGAGAUUGAGGCCAAGUCGGUGAAGCUGUUGUGGACGAAAGGAGCGGAGCACAACAGCCCCAUUCUCUCCUACACCAUUCAGACCAGACACUUCUGGGCCCUGAAUGAAGAUGACUGGAAAGACGCCACCACCUCUCCAACCUUUCUUGAUGGCAAUAUGGAGAGGGCAGAUGUGACAGAUCUGUACCCCUGGAUGGAGUAUCAGUUCAGGAUCAUUGCCACCAAUGAGCACGGCUCCGGAGAGGCCAGCAUCCCCUCCCUCAAGAUCAAAACCUGGGAUGCUGCUCCAGAGAUUUCUCCCACUGAUGUGGCGGGUUAUGGAGGUAGAAAUGGUGAGAUCAUCAUCACAUGGACUCCUGUGGAGCCUUGGUAUUUCUCCGGCAAAAAGUUUGGCUACAUUGUGGCAUUCAAGCCUCAUGAUGCUUAUGAAUGGUGGGACGAGACCAUUUCAGACCCCGAGACCAGGCGGUACGUUCACAGGGAAUCCUACUUCAUUCCCACUGAGGAAGAUUUCCAGGUCAGAGAGUUUCAGGUGAAGAUCCAGUCGUUUAAUGUGAAAGGAAAGGGACCGCACAGCCUCACCAAGGUCAUCUACUACCCAAGAGAUGUACCCGUAGAGUCUCCAACAGAUGUCUAUGCUAGGCCGGUGUCCUCCACUGAAGCUCUGGUCUGGUGGUUGCCUGUGGUCGACACUGGUACAGGCCUCCAGCAAUACAUUGAGGGAUACCAGGUGAAAUACUGGAGAAAGUACGAUGAUCCGGAGCCGGGAGCAAACCGUAUAUUUGUUUCAGCCACAAAAAACCAGACUAGAUUGGAGAACAUGCUGCCAGACUCUCACUACCUCAUUGAGGUCCGUGCUUUCAAUGGAGCCGGCCUCGGACCCCCUGGUGAACACUGUGAGAUGUUCACCAAGAGACCACCACCACCAGAUCCUCCCCGGAUGUGGCGCUAUGUUACCUGGACAGGACAGUGGUUGUAUGUGUGGUGGGAUCAUAUCCAGUAUGACUGGUUUGGCAAUAUUUCCUUCCCACUGUACUACAAGGUCAUGUUCAGAAAGACUGGCUACAUCUAUGGGAAAGUCUACAUCACUGGCUGGCACUUCAUGGACUUCCCCAUGCCUCAGUUUGGAGACUAUGAGCUGAUGGUACGCGGCCGUUAUGAAGGAGGGGAUGGCCCAGUCAGGAAGAUUAGCAUUAAGGGUAAAGCAUCAAUGAUCACGCCGACUCUAAGCCUGGCGUCUUUGCUGCUGCUGGGGCUAUGCAUUGUGGGAUUGGAAAUUUAAGUGCUGCCACAAGUGACAUGUAUAUAAUAGACUGUGGGAAGUCAAUUUGUGGAUAGAAGAGAUCGAGUCUUCACCUCCAUACACUCUUAGCACUGAAAGUCAUUGGUCAAGAUCCUACAUCAUGCAUCUGUUGUGGUGCGACACGACACAGGAAGUUGUUUCUCACAGAAAACCAUUGGCUCUUGGCUGCAACACUUUUUACGGACAAACUUCAUCAUGACAUGAACAACACAGCAGUGCUGUUGAACUGCGCAGGACUCCUGCAUAGGUCAAAUCUGUAUGUCUACGUCUAUGUAGUGUUGAAUCAAGAUUUUCACCUCAAAGUCAAAACCAAAACAGCCAGGACAGAUGCUUGUUGUUGGAUGAUGACUAGGUUCUCCACACACUGUGUUCAGAAUAAAACAGUUAUAUCAAUACUACAAUAUGUGCUGUUCCUCUUCUUUAAUUUAACUUCCUUUAUGUUUUAAUCACUGUUUCCUGCUUGGAUUUAAGUGAACUGGACAAACAGUAGCUUACCAUGGUAGAAUUUAACUGAAAUGUUAUUUACAACAAGCACUAUAAGUCUCUAGGUUGGUCGAGCAAUUAAUAAUAUGUAAAGAACUGUAUGAUAAUCCCUGUAUUUGGUUCAGAAUGAGCAGAUAAGUAUGCGUGACUGUGUGGUUUUAUAACCAUAUAUCACUUAUCAAUUUUAUUUCUUGGGGCAAAUACAGUGUAUCACAUAUUUUAAACAACCUUAAUCUUUACAAUCAUGUUUACACUUUUUUUCAACUUUCUACAUUAAUUUUCUUUUUGUUUUUUCAUGGUGCUGUGUGACAAGUAUAGAGGAUGCUUGUCCAAUGUUAAUUUUAAUCAUCCUCACCAGAAUCAUGUGCAUAGACUAUUGAAGUAUGAGUUCAAACUGCACCAAUGAAAGCCAUAUCACUUUAAUGACAACUUACCUUUGAGAACAAUGACGUUUUCUGAUAGUUAAAAUGUGAUUUUUGAAUUAACCAUGAGGCUGGGGUUGGACAGAAAUUGCUAUGUAUCACAUUAAUGUAUGCCAAUUAUCUUUAUGUCAGGCUACAAGACCAUUAAACAG